GAUGACGCUAUUGUCUUACAGUCUCGCCCUUUUCCUCACCCAGACCCCAACAUGGUCCCCAACAGCCCAAAGCACAAAGUUUACCGGGCACAUUCCCCCUAUUCAUCAAUAUACCCCCGGGAAUAUCAAGCCAAUGCAUGACUGGCCAACAUCAGCACGUGAUCCUAUUCCCCAUAUUUGGGCAUUACACGUCGAAUCAAGAAAAAAACAUAUAUGAAUGCCACCACCUAUAAACCGUGGUAUUAAAAAAAAAGAUACCCCUUGAACUUCCAAAGAGCUUCCUAUGAAUAGCAACAACUAAUAUAAAUAACAAUAUAACAGCAAAAUAUUUAGCCCAGGCUACUCUCGGAUACAAUAUGUAUUGUUAGUCUAUUGCCGUUUUUACUUCAUGAAUCCCCUGCGCACCGUUUUUGUGUGUUUCGUGUAAGAUGAGCUCGUACGUAGCAAACAACAUUUUUAAGGAGCAAACGCACGAGGCAUCCUCCUUUAACACCAUGAAUAGUUUUGGCAGUUAUGGCUCUCUCUCUUCCCUCCAUCAAGCCAAUUAUGCCUAUAACGGAGGUCUUCAUUUCAACGGAACAUUCACCUCCUCUGAUUCCACUGCGAACUCUCUGAAACGAGAAGAGAUGGAAACUAGCCUGCGAGGCAAUACGGACACUCAACCUCCACCACGACUACAGUCUUGCUCAGCUGCGAGCUCCCGGAACUCCGUGCAAAACUGCCUUCGUGAUGGGGUACUGAGCAAAGGGACUGGAAGGCCAAUGGAAGUGGUCGAAAACCCUAUGACUGAAGAAAACGCAAUCAAAGUCGAAACUAUGCAACCCGUGAAAUGUCAAAACCAUUCGAAGAAGCACCAAGACAGUCAACAGCAACCGCAGAUUUUUCCCUGGAUGACAAAACUACACUUGAGCCACGAAUCAUCUGACGGUAAACGCUCUCGAACCAGUUACACCCGCUACCAGACUCUGGAGUUGGAGAAAGACUUCCAUUUCAACCACUACCUCACCCGUCGCAGGCGCAUUGACCUCGCCAAUUCCCUCUGUCUGAACGAGAGGCAAAUCAAAAUUUGGUUCCAGAAUCGACGUAUGAAGUGGAAGAAGGAUUCGAAACUGAAAUCAAAGGACUCAAUAUAAACAUGGAGUUGAUGACUGAUCUGGAGACGAACUGCUAAAAGAAGUAUGCAGAGGGAGACCAUUAUUCGAAACGUGAAGGCCGUUUUCAUAAAUCAGCACUUGUGUUACGGACUAUUACAUUAUUAGCAUAUUACGUGUUUGUAACUUUACAUGUGGACUUUUAUUCUUUGCUUGAUGGAUGUAAAAAUGGAAGGAAAAUAUUGAACAAAAAUAUAGUAAUGUGUUGUCUAAAUGUAAAGAUUGUGUAAAGACCUUUGGAAGUCUUAGGGAGGAGCUGUGGACUAUAAGGCCACUCCCUCUUUCAUGUUUCAAUGCGAAUACACGAACAUUCUGCCUAUUCUUUUAUCCUUGAGAUAAUAAUUAAGAACAUGUCAGUGAGUGAUCCUGAGUGGUAAUACAAUCAAAGCGAGGAGACCUAACUGUUCGUGUCUCUUAUAAUGACGAACAUUUUUUAUUUGAUUAAAUGUCUUAAAAUUCA